UAUUAUAAUUAACAUAUUCAAUAUGAAAUUGUUGUUUUUAAUAUACUGUUUUAUUUCAAUAUUUACUAUAAGAUCAAUUUUUUCUGCUAAAUCGGAACAUGAAAAGAUGAUGAACUAUUUAAUCAAGUAUGGAUAUAUGGAUAAACCAAAUAAUGACAAAGAUAAUUCAGAAGAUAAUUUUGAAGAAGAAUUAAAGAAGUUUCAAACUUAUUUUAGUCUCAACCCGACUGGUAAAAUGGAUGCUGAGACGAAAAAAAUGAUGAGCUUUCCAAGAUGUGGAAAUAAAGACAUAGAAUCAAGAGAUUACACUAUAGAGAAAAAAUGGCCUCAAAAAGAGCUAACAUAUACAAUUUUAAACUAUCCAACAGAUUUAGAUGCAAGUGACACAGAAGUCGAGAUUCGCAGGGCAUUCUCAGUGUGGACCAACCAUAUAGACUUAAAAUUUAGAGAAAGUGGCAUAAAUCCAGAUAUAAAAAUUAAUUUUAUAAACCUAACGGAUUAUGAAAAACUAGGCCAGGGCUACUAUCCAUAUGAUGGAAUAAUACAUAUUAAUAGUCAACAUAAAUGGGGCAUAUUUACACCUCUUGGGAAUAAAAAACAUCUUUUUGAAAUAUUAGUGCACGAAAUAGGCCACGUAUUGGGCCUCAAACACAAUAACGACAAAAACUCAGUUAUGUAUCCAGUGACCUACGAUUACAACCCCACUUUUGGAUUGGCUGAUACAGAUGUAGAUGCUAUCCAAAAUUUAUAUAAAAAAUCGGAGAAUUGACCAUUUGAAACGGUUGUAUGUCAAAUAGGUACUUAAAUAAAACAUAUACACACAACAUAACAGUU